AUGCAGCUUCAGAUGGCUCUCUGGGCCUCCGCCGCGGCGGAGGCGAAGCCGCCGCCGCCGGCGCUGGAAGUGGCCGCGGCGGAGCCAGAGUUGUCACAGACGCAGGCGCUGCUGCUGGCGGCCGUCGAGGUCGGUGACGCCGCGCAGGUGCUGGCGGCGCUGGAGGAGGCAAAGCGACUGCGGACGAUGGUGAGCGUGGCGCUGGUGGAGGCCGCCAAGGGAUUGCAGGAAGCGGAAGAGGCCAUGCUCACGUGGCGCUGUUUGCGGAGUGCGCUCAUGGAGAACGAUCGACAUGAAGUGGAGGUGUGGAUGGAACAUGCCACGAGCCUGGGCUUGAGGGUGCCGAAGGCGGUGGACAAGGCACUCGAGGCCUUGCGUGAGCAGGAGCAAAGUUCCUUGAAUUCCUUCGCCAAGCGCCACGACCUGGAGCAGCGCUUCCUCUUCGCCACUGAGUGUGGCGAUCCCGAGCUGCUGCAGCAGAUCCAUCGAGAAGCCGAGACUUGGAGAAGUCGAAACUGGUCGGACUUGUUCGGACAGAUCCACCGAGGAGAUGAUGGGCGUGGAUCUCUCGCAGUUCCGCGGGCCCAGUGGGCCCGAGUUCCGGCCCAGUGGGCCAAGCGCCUCGGGACGAAUGAACGAGAAACCGACCAGUUGGGCCGCCCACCCCCUCCCGACACACCGCCGCGGGCGGAUGCCCCGGAGCAUCCGCACGCGGCGGGGGCGGAAGCGGAGGAGGAACACGAGGAGGAUGGCAGGAAGAGUGCCGUCGACGCGGCUUGGACACCUCGGGAUGCCAAGACCGUGAGGCGCGACCGGGGGGGGCGAGGCGCGGAGGCGACCGGUGCCAUGAGGGAAUGGAACCUGGAAGAGGAAGGCCGAGAAGGAGUAGAAGGGCUGGGAGAUCUCCUGCGCCUGCUGCGCCGACCCCCAGCCGACGCCGCUCCCCCGCCGCGUGCGGCGGGUGCCGCGCCCUCGGCGGCGUUUCGGCCGGCAGCGCCGGUGGCAGCGCGGCCGGCGCCGCCCAGCGGUGGUGGCACCGUGUGGGAUAGGCAAGUGGUGCCGCCGCGCUAUAUGAUCCACAAGAGGUAUGCCUCCUUGUACUUGCUGGGCCUGGACUGCAGCCGCUUACCCUCCGGCGCCGAGCUCCGCUCCGCCUAUCGCCGCGCGGCCAUGGAGUCGCACCCCGACCGACCCUCGGCCGCGGCGGCGUAA